AUGGCAUCAGUGCCCACACUGCACAUCCAAAUUCAAAGAAAAAGGAACUUUAAAACUUCACGUCAUAGCAAAACAUCUACCGGAAGACGAAAUUCAUUCAAACAAAAAUACCGCUUGAAAUACCACGUCGACACCGUCCACGUCCUGGAGGACCAAAUCCAGUGGGUCAAGUGUGACCAAUGCACGUCCAAAUUCAAACACAAGAGUUACUUAAGAGACCACAUUAUAAUGAAACACCUACCGGAGCAAAAAAUUCGCUGGUUCCAGUGUGACCAGUGCGCGGCCAAGUUCAAACUGAAGUACCUGCUGCGGAGACAUUUCAGCGCGAAGCACUUACCAGAAGAGGAAAUUCAGUGGUUCCACUGUGAACAGUGCUCAGCUAAAUUCAAGUGCAAAUCAAACUUGACGAGUCACUUUCGAGCGAAACACUUAGCGGAAGAUAAAAUUCGGUGGUUCCAAUGUGAACAAUGCGUGUUUAGAAGCAAGGAAAAACGACACUUGCAGUACCACAUUUCCGAGAGACAUUUGCCAGAGGACGAAAUCGAGUGGUUACAGUGUGAACAGUGCACGUCUCGGUUUAAAAGGAGGUCGAAUUUGAAAAUGCACGUUAAAGCUAAGCAUGUACCGGAGAGCGAAAUUGUGUGGGAGCUGUGUGACCAGUGUCCGUCCAGGUUCAAGCAAAAGAGGUCGCUGAAGCAGCACGUCGUAUCGAAACAUUUGUUAAAAGCUAAAAACUAG